GGAAGAUGAUGAGCUUUAGCAAUUCGAAAGCGAGUUCAUGGUCCAAUCUAGGCACCCAAAAUACCUAUUCAGACUCUGAAAAGAUGGAGAAAUGGAUAGAAUGUGAUCUCUUGGGAUGCACAGAUAUGGCGCUCUUAUAUAUUAAAGAUACGAAGACAUACACAUGCAUGAAACAUCCCAACACAAAUAUCCUAAAUUCUUAUCAAAACAUGGAACAAAAUAACAUUCAACCAAAAACUUGUGAUCAUCAAGGCUGUUCUAUCAAAUCUCUCUGCUACAUUCCUGGACUAAACAGCUAUUUCUGAAUCAAACACUGCCUUUCUCCCUGAAAAGACACUUACCCAAAAUGAUAUUUCUAUCAUAAUUUCACAAAAGGACACCUGGGGUUAUUAAAAAACACAGUGCGUAAAAUAAAAGAGUAUAUGGACCAUCUUAAGACUGUAUUGCUCAUUAACAAUAUCAAGGCGAGGUGCGAAACUGAAGAGUCAAAACGAGACCAUUUGGAUGACUUUGUUACCCCAAUUUUCGAAGCCAUCGAUUCUGAAGUCAAACCUCUUUGUAGCGAUAUUUUACACUUUUGUAAAGAUUUAGUAUUUCAGAAGCUUCUGAAUACAUAAAUAAUUUAUACGAAUUUAAAUGCUAAAUGUGAUAAUCUCUUAU